AUCUGCACAUUAUUAGUCAAUCUUUAGCUAUUUGUAUGUAUGCAUAUGCAAUGGAAGCGGCAGCUGUACCUCAAGACCCUUCAAUGGAAGGGGUUCUGGAUGCACCCGGGGAUACGAGGCCCAAGUCCAGCUCCGAGGACUUCAAGUUUUGCACCCCGAACCACGGAAUUCGGAGGGUGAGUUGGAGAGCCGAGAUCGAUACUUCACCGCCUUUCGAGUCGGUUAAGGAGGCCGUGACCCGGUUUGGUGGCAGCGGACCUUGGGUGCCACUGUACAAGUUUGCACAGGCAUGUCAUGGAAAUGAAGAAUUUGACAUAAAUAAAGUUGAAGAACAAGCAGCAGAAUUGGAGAAAAAUCUGAUAGUGAAAGAAUUGGAAACACUUGAUGUGCUUGAAGAAUUGGGAACCACCAAAAGGAUGGUGGAAGAUUUAAAGAGACAGCUCAAAGAUGAAGCUUUGAAAAGCAUGAUCAAUAAUGAACAUACCAGAACAGGGAGUUCGAGACCUCACCGCCGUCACCGUCCGGUUUUGUCUUCGGAUUCGAUCUUGAUGGAGUCGAAACAAGCGAAGUUGAACAUCGGUGAAACUAUCGAUGAUCUUGGAGUGAUACCAAGAGCAGAGCCAUUGCUUGACAAAGUUGCUGAAGUGAGGUGGUUUGCAGCUAAGAAAAUGGAGAAAGCAGCCAUGGCAGCAGAGGCUCUUGCUCUUUUUGAACUCGGUGCACUUGCCGGAACAAAGGGUUUGUCUAGCAACGAGAUGUCAUCGGGAUUUUCCUUCCCGGUGCCGGAGCCGGAGCCGGAUCAGUCUCCUCGAACACCAAAAAUGCUUCAUACAGUAAAUGAAUUUGAUGAAGCAAACAAUAUUUCUGAACAUACAAUCCUGAGGAAGCUUGAGGAAGCAUCAGAUGAAAUCAAACACUGUAAAAAGGCAUUGGAAGAGGCUCUUAAAAGCGUUGAAAUCGCAAACCAGAAGCAACUCGAUGCCGAGGAGGCACUCAGGAGAUGGAUCAUUAACCCCAUACAAGGACACAAGUCACAUAACAACAAACAGGUGGUCUACAAUGGUACCAAGACCAACAAUUCAUAUCAAAAUCUUCCAAGAUCUCCAUUAAGAGACCUGAUGAACAAGGAAAACCCGGAAUUUGACGACAACCCGAAGCCUGUUCUGAGGCCAACAACUGUGUCGAUGAGGGAUAUGCUGAGCAAUAAACAAGUUACUCCUCAAGAAUGUGUGGUGAAAAGGGCUAAUGAUGAAGGCCAAAGUGGAAGAAAGAAAGUGGCUUUGAGCCAAAUGCUUGAUGAACUGAAGCAAGAUGUGAGGUUUCAACCAAGAACUGAUCAUCAAAAACAGAAACAGAUCUUCACACAAAGGAGAAAAUUUGGGUUCAUCCACAUUUCUCUCCCAUCAAAGCAAAGCAAAAAGAAACCAUAAGUUUUGAAUUCAAUGUGAUAUACAAUAGGUUUGUUGUAGUAUGUUUAUGUUGUGUUUUGAGUUAUUAAAUCACGGUGCUG